CUAUCUUUAUCUAGUUUAUCUUGUUAGUCUACGUUGAAAAUUUUUCUCUCUUCUUUUUCUUCCUCUUCCUCUUCUUCUUUUUCUAUUUCUUCUUUUUCUUCCUCUUCGUCCUCCUUAUCUUCUACUUCCAACGUAGGAUAAAAAUCUUGAAGACGAAGAUCGAAAGAAGUCCGUCGUCAUGGCGCAUCGAAGCGAAUCCUUCAAAGCACUCUGUCUAUUGUGGUGUGUCUUGGGCAACGUGUUCAGUGUUCCCACACCAACCCCAUCGCCAAUAAAAUUGGAAGAUCACAGAUACACGACGCGUAGGAUACCGAAGACUAUCGUCGACUUGCCAACUCAGAGAACUAGAUUGCCAGUUAACCCAAUGAAUUUGGAGAUGAGGACGUCGACUACGUCGAUACCGAUGACGACACACCACAGAUCAGUUUCCGGAGAAAAUCCAAUUUAUCGUUUGAACGGAGCCAAUGGACAAGCUUGCAUCCUCUUGCAAACAGACGCUGUUAUAGCAAUAAAAUAUCGCACUGUUCUAGGCGAAGAUCGAGUGGCAGAUUUAUUUGUACCCGACGAUGCAAUGGUCACAGGAAAUUGCGACAAUGAAAAUACGGUAACGAUGUCCUUGAAGUGGAACGCUUUUAUGCUCCUAUGGAGCUUCGCCAAGACGCCCGGCGGCGAACGAUGGUACGUUGAGAAAAUCGAAUUGACCUACAAUUCGAGCGACCGACAUUUCGAGCUCGUAGAUCAGCCAAAUAAAACUGUUCGCGUGAGUACCGGCUCGAAACACAGUGCCAUGCUUUUCCCAACACCCGUUGGAAAGUCUUACGCUUGUGACAAUGAAACGGAAAUUCAUUUAACCGAUGGCAAACAUACCGCCAGUGUUAUCCUCAGAAAUAUGAAGCUUCAACCGUUCAAGUUUAAGAACAACGAAUUCGCCGCUGAGUUCUCUUGCGCAGCGUUAAGUGCACGAGCAAACGGAGACGAGACCGCACCAGUUGCGGUUGGUUCAACUUUGGCUGCUGCUGUGCUAUUAACUAUCACCGGUUAUGCGGCCUAUCGAUAUUUCAAAGUGAAGAAGGUCAAGUACGACACGAUGGAGUAAAGCUCUUUGCUCUCGAUCAAGGACACUGUCACGAGGACAUGCCAAAGAGAUUACGAAUAAGAGACAGUGAGAAAAAGAGAGUAAGAAAAUCGAUGAAAAAAAAAAAAAAACAAAGGAAAUGCUCCUUUAGCCGAACUAAAGUCGACAGCAAAGAUCCUUCGCUAUUUUCUAUCCUUUUAUUUUCCUUUUUCGUUUGUUCUUUUUUCUUUCUUUUAUCGUCUUCUUAUUUUUAACGAAUUCUUAAAGCGAAGAAAACCGUAAGAAUUUUAAUCGGACAUAUCAAUAUCAAGAUUCGUACUGGUAAUUAUGAAAGUGGUCAAACUUCGAACUUGUUACCCAACGUUUCUUUUUUUGUUUUGAUAUCAUUUCGAUCAUUAUCUAUAAAAUUAGAAACGUAUUGAACCACUUUCGUAAUCAUCGGUUCUCAUGGUCUCGCUGUUUGAAAGAAAGAGACUCUAAUAACGUUCUAUCGUCGAAGCGUUCUGUGAUAUUACAGAACUUUAACACUUGAAAAUCUUAGAGACGGACGUAUCGAAGGAAAGAAAGAGAAAAAGAACAAAAAUAAACAAAAGAGAAUGAAAAACUGAAAGGAAGAAAAGAAGAAAGAAAGAAAGAAAGAAAAAAGAAGUAAAAGUUACCUACUAAAAAAUUUUAAAGUUAUCUAUUUAUUAAACAUCUAUUGCAAAAAGGGGAAAAAAAAAAAAGGUAAAAAAAGACGAAUAGCGUCCGCGAUGAUGGUCGAGUCGGUGUACCUGAGAUAUCUGAGAUUCGAGAUUUCUUUUUCCAAAAACUUGUCAGACAAAUGUAAUAAGAGAAACAAAAUCUCUGAUAGAGAGGACGUUAUCGUUGCGAGCACGAUCUCUCAAUAUUCACUUAUUAAAAUUAUCAUUAUAUAUCACAUAUCGUAAUGAGCUAGUGGCCAUCAUCUAUAUACAAACUUUUCAUAGGAUUAAAAUAUUUCGCGAAUAUAUUUAGGAAUAUCUCGUUGUACCUUUUAAGGACUUCGAUAAUCAACUCGUGCGACGAUUAAUCGCAUUAGUAUACGAGACAUUAAGAGUACAUUUAUUAUCAAUUAUUGUUAUCAAUUAUUAUCAAUUAUUAUUAAUUACUAGUAUUACUUCUGUCUCUCUCUCUCUAUCUAUCUAUCUCUCUCUCUCUCUCUCUCUCUCUCUCUACGUACGUUUCAUUCGUCUGAAGUGAUAAAAUCCAUAUUCGCAAACUCUGAUGGUUGUAACGAUAGACUUUGUAAAAAAUCGCAGAAGGGUGUUAUUCCUUCAGCACAUAUCGUCAUUCCUUUUUAAAUCGUGAUCAGUGUUGCGCGACAUAUUCCUUAUCUCAAUAUCCUUCAUAAAUAUUAAUUAUAAAUAUAUACAUAUCUACAUACAUACAUACAUAAAUAUAUACGUAUAUCAUAGAUCGGAAAAUGGUGAGCGAGAUGUUGAAGAGAAAGAAGAAGAUGAAGAAGAAAAAUAACGGAUCGUUACUAAUUCAUUUCAUUAUUAAAUACGUUAAAGACUAAGUAAUUAGCCCCUCAGGCAGCUAAAGUUUUAAAAGAGAAACGAGUAUAAUAGUUAGUUUAAAGUUAAUGCAAAUAUUUAUAUUGCUAUUGUAUUCAUAAAUUUCUCUCUCUUUAUCUCUCUCUUUUUCUCUCUCUAUCUUGUGUUUUCUUUAUUUUUUCUUUAUUUCUUAAUAUUUUUUCGUCUCUCUUUUAUAUUAUUUUCUUUUCCAUUUCUUUCUCUUUUAUUCGAUACGUGUAAAUGUGGUUUUUACUCGAAAUAUCUGUAAAUACACAUGAAGUUAAACCGAUCUUAUAUAAUAUACAUGUAUAUAUAAUUUCAAUAUUAUGACGUUUAAAUCAAUUUUGCAUAAAUCGCGAUCUGACGCAGCUCGCUUUUGUCGUCGUUGCUUUUUGACACGGCUCGUCGAUGAUGGAAAUGUGAAAAGUGUAUAAAAAGAACCAAAAAAAAAAAAAAAAAGAAAAAAAAAAAAGAGAAAAGAAAAAAAAGUGAUUGUACGGGAGAUAAAAAUCAAUAUCCCAUUCCGUAUAAUUUUCGUCUCACGACACUGCGCAAUUAUAUUGUAACAUAUCGUGUAAAUAUAUUAUACGUAGAUCGUAACGAUCAACGAAGCUCGACAAUUUCAUAAUAAAAUCUGCGAAAGGAUCGUGAUUAAACGAAUGGACGAUCAUGUAAAAUCGAUUCUUGGAAAUAUCAAUAUCGAGCUUGGUCGUAUCGUCGAACGAAAUUGUUUCAAUAUCGUGAUAAUUCAAAGAUUCGAAACUCACAUCAAUUUAAAGAUUUUAAAUCAAAAAGAACGUUAUCUAUAGUCGAAAGAUAACGCAUAUCGAAAGACCUAAUUGAGAUCAAUAAUGUUAGUUUUAAAUUAUUAUUAAAUUUCUUUAGAUAAUAAUGCGAGGUUAAGACGCACGUAAGAGAACGAACAAAAAGAAGAAGAGGGUAGAAAAGGAGAAGAAAGAACGAAAGAGAGAGAGAGAGAGAGAGAGAGAGAGAGAGAGAGAGAGAGAGAGAGAGAGAGAUAAAGAUAAGUUUGACGUUUCUACAGCGUAUACCGACUUUGAUUUUUUUUCCUCGACGCGUAUAACCCAAAAAAGAAGAAAACAAAAAAAAUUAAAAAACAAAAAACAAAACCAAAAAGAAUAA